AUCAUGCUACCAUGUAAGAAAGUUCAAAGUUCAUGGGAUUGAACAUUAACUGUAUGGGUAAAUACAGGACCACUAAGGUGACAAAACCACAAAAUUUGAUGUGCUUUUAGUUUUUCCCACAAUAAUUGACAUUUAUACAAUGUAAUUCCUGCAUAGAAAAUGUAUUUCUGUUGAGUUUUUCUUGCAACAUGUAAAAUGUAAAAUUUUGCUCCACCUUGUACCCCCUAGAAAAUAAUGGAUCCAUUCUGUUUAGAUUUGCUAAACAAAGACGUGAGGGACUUUCCAGGUAACCCGGACAUUGGAUUGAAGACAACAGUCUGCGUUGUGAAAAAAAAUGUUUCUUGAACUGCACAUUUCUUGGUCUGAUUUUCCAAUCAUCCUACUGCUGUUUAUUUUCUUGUAUGUUGUUGUGAUUAUACUGGUGGAAAUAGCCCGCAGAGACCAGGACAGUGAAAAGAUAUUGCAGAGUACCCCAAAUGGAACCGUAAAUGUUACAAAUAUUCAAGGAGAUGGCAACAUUAGUGUCAGUGCUGGUAGUUUUAGUAACAUCAGCAUUUCUACGUGUACAUGUCCUCAAGUGGUGGAGAAACCACUUCCACGUACAGCAAGGCUGGACAACAAUUGGCAGAAACUGUGCAGAAAGACAUUAGACCUUCUGGGACAGCUGUCUGCAAAUGGAGAGCUCAAGAAAUGCAAGAGAAGCAUUGAUAGGCUGUUUCAGGCUAUCCCAGAUCCCGACUUCCGUGCUGCACUGUGGAACGCUGCUGCAAUCAAUUGCAUCAACGGGGGGAAAAUGGCAAGUGCACAUGAAGCAUUGCAUCAUGUAACAAUGCUUCUUAACGAAACCAAGAACAGAACUGAGCAUGAGCUACGUCGAGAUUACUACAAGUCACUCAUCUAUCUGAGGGAGGAGAAAUGCGACCAACUCUUUCAGGGUGUUGGUUUGACAACAGUGGCCUUACAGACGACAGAGCUGGUGCAGGUUGGAUGCAUAAGAGCCUGGUUAUGGAUCAAUCAUGGCUGGUUCUACAUCAAGAUGGCCAAUAUGCAGCAGAAUUGCUACAAGCAGACUGCGCUAAUCAAAGAUGCUGAAGAGUCCUUUGUGAGAGCUUCAUGUAUCGAUGACUCCUGUCAUGAAGAGGAAGAGUUCCCUGGUCAACUACAAGACAAGAGGACCAGGAUCCGUCAGUGUGCCCUGAUUGGUCGUGUCUACCUGCGGCUGAGAUGUUGGCGCUCGGUAUCGGUAGCAGAAAAGGAUACCAAACAAGGAAUCACAGAUGGUAUCCCUGAAGAAAACAUCCAAGAGGCACAAAAGAUCCUUGUUUCACUGAAGGACAGAGAGCCGUUGUGUGGUAUAUGUGAGGUUCUGUACCAUCUGGCCAAGGCACAUCUCUGUUACAGGUUCAAGCAAUAUCCAGAAGCCCUCAAGGAAGCUGAGGCAGCAAGAGACUUGGCAAUACAUGGACAAUUUAAAAACUACAUUGACAUUGCAAAAAGCAUUGUCAAGCUUUUUAGGCAGGCGGUAACUCGUACACGUACUUGUGGCUGGCAUCUUCUACCAGCAUAAAAAUAAUCAUGGUGUUAUAAUCAGUGUGAUUUCUUAACCAGUCCUGAAAGAAAUAGGUAUAA